AUGUCUGCCAACGCCUCAGCGCCUCUUCAAGCCCAGAACGGGAACGCCCAACAACCCGCUCAACAACCGAUGUUCCUUCACAAGAAGGGUCUUCUCGGUGGUCAGAAGGUACCAGGCGGGAUCACCAGCCCAACAGACAAUGUCCUCUCUCCCUGUUCGGCAAAGUUGAGCGGUGCCAAACAACGGCAUUUCGGCAAAUCCAAGCCAAUGGGCCUGACCAGUCAACUCAGCAAGCUCGCCGUGUCCAACUCGUCGGCAUCGGUCGACAGCAAGUCAAAGAUCGACUUCUGA